CGGUCAGCUGAUGCUAAUGCUAACCAGCCGGACCCGGAGCAGCGACGGAUCUGACAGCCUGACAGGAUGCCUUUCUCCGAGCUGUAUUUUAACGUCGAUAACGGCUACCUGGAGGGGCUGGUGAGGGGCUUCAAAGCUGGAAUCCUGUCCCAGACGGAUUAUUUGAACCUCGUCCAGUGUGAGACCCUGGAAGACCUGAAGCUCCACCUGCAGAGCACAGACUAUGGCAGCUUCCUGGCAAACGAGGCGUCUCCUCUCACCGUGUCGGUCAUCGACGACAAGCUGAAGGAGAAGAUGGUGGUGGAGUUUCGCCACAUGAGGAACCAGUCGUAUGAGCCGCUGGCCAGCUUCAUGGACUUCAUCACGUACAGCUACAUGAUCGAUAACGUCAUCCUGCUCAUCACCGGCACCCUGCACCAGAGGGCCAUCUCUGAGCUGGUGCCCAAGUGUCACCCGCUGGGCAGCUUCGAGCAGAUGGAGGCCGUCAACAUCGCCCAGACGCCCGCCGAGCUCUACAACGCCAUCCUGGUGGACACCCCGCUGGCUGCAUUCUUCCAGGACUGUAUAUCUGAGCAGGACUUGGACGAGAUGAACAUUGAGAUCAUCCGUAACACACUUUACAAGGCUUACCUGGAGGCUUUCUACAAGUUCUGCUCCAACCUGGGAGGAACGACGGCUGACACCAUGUGUCCCAUUCUGGAGUUCGAGGCCGACAGGAGAGCCUUCAUCAUCACCAUCAACUCCUUCGGCACGGAGCUGUCCAAGGAGGACCGCGCCAAGCUCUUCCCUCACUGCGGCAAGCUUUACCCAGAAGGCCUUGCACAGCUGGCCCGUGCAGAUGACUACGAGCAGGUCAAGGCCGUCGCUGAUUUCUACCCCGAGUACAAGCUGCUGUUUGAGGGCGCCGGCAGUAACCCGGGAGAUAAAACACUGGAGGACCGCUUCUUUGAGCACGAGGUGAAGCUGAACAAGCUGGCCUUCCUCAACCAGUUCCACUUCAGUGUCUUCUACGCCUACGUCAAGCUGAAGGAGCAGGAGUGCAGGAACAUCGUGUGGAUCGCCGAGUGCAUCGCCCAGCGGCACCGUGCUAAAAUCGACAACUACAUUCCCAUCUUCUGAGCCCCCCCCAUUCUCUCCUCCACCGUCAUUUCAUUCCCUCCUUCGUGUCCGGCUGCAACUCGCUCUCAGAGAUUCUGACAGCGUGAUGCUGAAGUCCCCCCACUCUUCUCUCAUAGGUGUGAAUUGGUUCCAGUCCGGCUCAUUAUUCCCUCCAAACUAGAACAACACAGUCAAACUAAACACAGAGUAAGAACUAGAAGAAUCACAUGAGCCGGGUUCACCUGAGGUCCCAGUUGGAAGUUAUUUGACUUUCAAACACUUGUUUGUGAAUGAAACAAAAAAUACAUUUGCAAUUUACCAGGCCACCGGGACAGAACAGUCUUGAGGUUAUUUACCUCCAGAAAACACCAAACACUUCCAGCUGCAGCUAAAAAAUCAGUCAAAAGAUAAUAAUAAUUAAAAAAAAAAAAAAAAAAAGAUUAAUGUGACAAAUCUGGAUCUUAAUCAACCUCUGACUCUGGUGAUAUGAAAACAUUCCUCUGCUCUGCAUCAUAUUUAUUUUUGUUUUAGUGCUACAUUUUGUCGGCAUGUCUGGUAAUUACUGUGCCCCCCCCCCUCCUCCAUCUAGAACUAAUGAGUGAAAUGUGCGAGCCCCUCCUGAUUUGUCGUGUCACUAGAUUGUCGUUUAAUAUUUAACACAGUUGAUCAGGAGCUUCCAGUCGCCACCGCCCCCCCCCGCUCCUGCUCCUGUGUGACGUUUCUGUAAAGUGAAGAAACCAGAAGGAGGAAGAAUCUGUGUUGGUACGUGGUGGAUGAAAUGUUUAAAUAAAAUAAACAUACAAAGAAAAUAGAGAUAUUUAAAGAUGAAUAUAUGAUUUUUUUUUUCUCAUGCUGUAAAAAAAGUUGAUUUAUUACUGUUUUCAUGUGUUAUUUGUGACGUGUAUUAUGAAUGUGACAAGAAAUAAACUGCACCAGCGCAGGUCUGGAGACAGUUA